AUGGUGCAGUACAAUUUCAAGAAGAUGACGGUCGUGUCGUCGGGAAAGGAUCUGGUGGACAUUGUGCUGUCGCGGACUCAACGGCAGACACCUACGGUGGUGCACAAGGGCUACGCUAUUUCCCGCCUCCGGCAGUUCUACAUGCGGAAGGUAAAGUUCACGCAGACUACCUUCCACGACAAGCUCUCCACCAUCAUCGACGACUUCCCCCGCCUCGACGACAUCCACCCCUUCUACUCCGACCUCCUUCACGUGCUCUACAACAAGGACCACUACAAGCUCGCCCUUGCUCAGGUGAACACCGCUCGAUCCCUCAUCGGCCGUGUCGCCAAGGAUUACGUCCGCCUGCUCAAGUUCGGCGACUCCCUGUACCGCUGCAAGUCCUUGAAGGUCGCUGCACUCGGUCGGAUGUGCACCAUCGUCAAGCGCAUAGGUCCAUCCCUCGCCUACCUCGAGCAGGUCCGCCAGCACAUGUCCCGUCUCCCCUCCAUCGACCCCAAUACCCGCACCAUCCUCAUAUGCGGCUUCCCCAACGUCGGAAAAUCAUCCUUCAUCAACAAGAUCACUCGCGCCGACGUCGACGUCCAACCCUACGCCUUCACCACCAAGUCCCUCUUCGUCAGCCACACGGACUACAAGUACCUCCGCUACCAAGUAAUCGACACCCCCGGCAUCCUCGACCGGCCGUUCGAGGACAGGAAUAUCAUUGAAAUGUGCAGCAUCACCGCCCUCGCCCACCUACGUGCUGCCAUCCUCUUCUUCCUCGAUGUCUCCGGCUCUUGUUUUAGUGUCAAGGAUUUUAUUUUGUCAGAGUUUGUUAAACGUUGA